AUGAAGUACCAAGGCCAAGUUACCGCCGCCCUUGUGGCCGCCGCCGCUGCCAACCCCGUCAUCAUGAAGCGCCAGGUGCCCCAGGAGCAGUCCCACUUGAUCUUCCUCCAGAUCACCAAGGAGUUCCUCGAUCUCAACAACCCCCUCGGCAUUGUUGACCCUGUCUUCGGCCUCCUUGGUAACGCCGCCGCUGCUGAGGGUGUCGAUGCUGACAUCAACCUCGACUGCCUCAAGCAGUUCACUGCCGAUCAGGCCUUUACCAACGCCAAGGCCAUUGGCGAUGUCCGUGGUAUGGCCGGUGCCCUGGUCUACCAGGCCCUUGAGCGCAACACCGGCGGUGUCGGCGUCAAGAGCAUCAUCUGCCCCGAGGAUGCCGUGAACCCCGAGAUUGCUGCCUUUGACCAGCACCAGGACCCCGCUUCCGACGGUGCCACCGCUCUCAACACGGCCAUCACCCUCGAGCUCGCCAAGCAGCUUGCCCUCAUCGGCGUUGAUCCUUUGGUCGCCCUCGAGUCUGGCACCUUUGCCCCCGGCGAUGUCAACGAUGCUACUGGUGCUGGUAACACUUGCGAUACCGCCGGUGACCUGCCCGGAUGCAUCUUCACCCAGAGGCUCCUUGUUCUCGACGCCUCUCCCGAUGAGGUGCUCGCCGCCGUCGCUGACGUCGUCCCCACCUUCACCGGUACCGGUGAGAUCUCCGCCACCAACAUCGACUUUGUCGGUCUUGCUCUCGCCACCGGCGGCACCUUUGAGGGCAACGGCGCUGCCGCUACCACCACCGCGGCCGCGACUCCGCCCCUUGCACCGCCGGUCUUCCUCCCGCCGCCACCCGUGCCGCUGGUAGGGCGCCGCCCCCGCCGCCUCCGCUCCCGCCACUCCGCCUCGGGCGCCGGUGUCAACAUCCAGGCUUUCACCGGCACCCUCGGUGGCCCCGCUCCCCCGUCAUCUCCUCCGCCGGUGACCGCCCCUUCUCCGUCAACGGCAACACCUUUGUCGGCCAGGGCGCUGCCAUCAACCGCUCUUGCGACAUCCAGCAAAACGCCUGCGCCAACGCCGCCAACAGCGGAGCCCUCGCCGGCGGUAUCGGCCAGUGCGGUCAGCAGCUCACCGCCUGCAAGGCCGCCAACCCUCCGCAAGCGCCAGGGCCUCGACCUUGGUAGCUGCACCGACCCCACCAUCCAGUUCGGCGUCGGCUUCGACGGCCGCAAGGAGGCGUCCUUUGCCCCCAGCAACAACGCCGACUUCAACCACGGCAGCGCCCAGAGGAUCGGCAUCAUCUCCUCCUUCAUCUGCCAGAGGCUCCGCGACUCGUGCAAGGCUCCCGCCGACACCGUGGCCGCUUGCGAGGCUGCCAACACUGCCGCGCUCGCCGCCACCCAGGACCAGGCUGCUGCCGACGUCUUCAACCAGGCCCUCUCCGGUGCUGGUGCCGUCGUGGCUACCCCCUCGCAGGCUGCCCCCGCCACGCCCGCGUCUAACCUGACCGUCGUCACCGUUACUCAAACCUUUGCGCGCAACUUUGAGAUUGAAGUCGCCAAAUUCGUCCUCCCCGCCGACAACUUUAUCCUCCUCGGCCUACACUUCCAAGCAGUCUGCAUCUACUCCUUCUUCAACCCCACCGCCGCCACCGAUUCGUGGAUCCGCUCGUCCACCGGGCCUUACCCCGUCGAUUUCGAAUCCCGCGUCGGUCUCCUCAUCAAGACCGGCUGGGGCACCCGCGAAAGGCUACCGGCGCAGCUCGAGGCUCUUGGACUCGACCAAUGGAACCCCGACCGAGCUAUUGUCGUUGGCGAUUUCGAGCAAGACGCCAACGCCACGACCGGUGCCCCUGUCAUCCAGGAUGCUGUUGGAAGUCUGAUGAUGGCGCUUGCUCCCCGGGGCCUGAACAAGGCGCACCGCUUCAAGAAAUACCAGUCACUAAAAAGGGCCAUUGAGGACGGCGACCAUAAAAGAGCUGAACUGAUUGGCUCUAAUGUGGGUUGGGAACUCGAUGCUCUCAAGUUUAUCUGGGGCCUCGGGACAGUCUACAAAACCCUGCCGCGCAAAGACUGGUACCUCAUUCUCGACGAUGACAGCUUCGUCGUCAUCGAAUCCCUGAGGCAGGUCCUCUCCCACCUCGACCCCGCCGAGCCGUACUAUCUCGGAAACACCGUCGGCGACUAUCGUGGGCGCUUCGCCCACGGCGGCUCAGCCGUCGUGCUGUCCCGCGGGGCCGUCGAAAAACUGUACCGCGAGAACCCGCACGUGGCGGCCGACGCCCAAAUUGGCAUCUUCAUCGACGAGCGCUUCAGCCACAUGUUCAACGGCGAGUCGCCCGCCGACACGCGAAUCUCCGCCGACCGGUUCUGCUCGCCCCUCGUCUCCUUCCACGAGCUCAAGAAGCCCGAGGAUAUGAAGGCGCUGGGCCUCGUGUUCAACGAGAGAGGCACCCGCACGACGGUGUGGGCCGACGUCUGGGACCUGUUUGGAGGCCCCGGGACGAGAGGGUUCAACGACCGGCCGAUGAGACAGGACCACGACUUUGUGGGCAAGCUGGACCGGUCGAGAACUCAGACGGCGAGAGGGAUCCCGACGGCCGAGAAGUGUAUGAGGCUGUGCAUGAGACACAAGAAGAGGUGCCUCGCGUGGAAGUGGGAUGUGCAGAGCAAGGAGUGCCACAUUAGCCCUUGGAUGACGGUUGGCAAGUCGCAAGUCGGUGCCGUGUCCGGGAUCAACGGGAACUGGGCGACAGAGUUGAUGGAAUCAUGCUAG